CUACGAAGUACUAGUAGUGCUCCAAGUGCUCAUUCUUCUCUCUUGUCUCGUUGCUGUCCUUGUCCGGCAGUGCCUUUUAUAGUCUCUCCUUUCAAAUUUUGGGAUUGAUCUCCUCUUCCACCGUCGCCCCUCACCCUCACCGUCGCCUCCGGUCUCUUGUUUCCCUCCUCUUCCGUACUUAUCCUGAUCCUACCAAACUACUCUCGCCACCUCCAGCCGUCGUUCCUAGACAACUCUUCCUGGGAGUUGGGUUUGCUGUCAUUGUUCUCUUUUACUAAUAGAUUUCUGUAAAUUACACCUGUCGCUAUGCUAUUCUCUCAACAACCUCUCCAUGUUACUCGCGCAGAUGAGUUGCGACAAAGUCCUCCCAAGGGCACUCCCUACUCGGUUGCCUUGCCUGGGACAGAGAAGCCGGGUCGGAGUAAGGUUUAUCGUGCUUGGAAUGCGACUGAGGGCGUCCUGAAGUCGCUGGAUCCUCAAAUUCUUACUGCACACGAUAUCUUCGAGUCCACUGCAAACCGAUUGCCGAAGAACCACUGCCUAGGUUGGCGUCCGUACAAUCCCACGACCAAGACCUACGGUCCAUAUCAAUGGUUGGAUUAUCAGACAGUACAAAAGCGACGGGCUGCGUUCGGCGCAGGUCUAGUGGAACUACAUCACAAGCACGAGUGCAGCCGUCCUGGCCAGUAUGGUAUCGGUCUGUGGUGUCAGAACCGCCCCGAGUGGCAGAUAACUGACUUGGCGUGCAUGUCGCAAAGCCUGUAUUCGGUCUCCAUCUACGAUGUCCUUGCCCCAGAUGCGACAGAAUAUAUCAUCAACCACGCGGAGUUGGCCUGCGUUGUGACCUCGCUGCCGCACAUUCCGACCCUGCUCAGGCUGAAGCCCCAAUUGCCUAACCUCAAGAUCAUUGUCAGCUUGGACCCUCUGGACGGCGGUGAAGAGGCUGGUCACUCGAAGCGUGCUUUGCUUGAGUCAAUGGCUGCCGGGCAAGAUGUCUCCAUCUACACCAUAGGCCAGGUUGAAGAGUUGGGUGCUUCGGUUGACCGUCCCUGCAAACCUCCAGCCCCCUCUGACACCAUUACCAUCAACUAUACGUCUGGUACUACCGGCCCUCCGAAGGGUGUAGUCCUCGCACAUGAGAAUGCCGUCGCAUCCGCUUCAGGUGCGCUCAUUAACAGCAUACAAAAAGCAGGCGACACCAUUAUAUCGUAUCUGCCGUUGGCUCACAUCUAUGCUCGGAUGUCUGAGCAUGCGGCCUUCUGGGCAGGAGCCCGGAUUGGGUACUUCCACGGAAACAUCUUAGAGCUCGUUGACGAUCUCAAGAUGCUCAAGCCAACCGGAUUCAUAUCUGUUCCGCGCCUCUACACACGAUUCGGAAAUGCCAUCCGCGCCUCGACUGUUGAGGCUCCGGGCUUUAGAGGUGCACUGUCGAGGCACAUCGUGGCCACAAAGACUGCAAACUUAAAGAACCCUGACCUCAGCAAAGCUACAGGGAAGCAUGCCUUGUAUGAUCGGAUCUGGGCGAAGAAGGUCGCAGCUGCCAUCGGGUUGGACCGUUCUAGAAUGCUGGCUUCCGGAUCGGCGCCUCUGGACCCUUCACUCCACCAAUUUCUCCGAGUUGCUCUUGGUGUCGACGUUGUUCAGGGAUAUGGUUUGACUGAGACUUAUGCCAUGGCAUGUGUACAGUCCCUCGCGGACUUGACCGCCGGCCACUGUGGUGGGCUGAUUCCUUCUACCGAGGCUUGCUUGGUGUCUCUACCGGAUAUGGAGUAUUCCGUUGAUGACAAGCCGUACCCUCGGGGAGAACUCAUGUUGCGCGGUGCGAACGUUUUCCGCGAGUAUUUCAAGGACCCUGAGGAAACAGCCAAAGCAGUGACCGAGGAUGGAUGGUUCCGGACCGGUGAUGUCUGCAAGAUUGAUGAGAUGGGCCGUAUCGUCAUCAUUGACCGCCGGAAGAAUGUUCUGAAGCUGGCACAGGGAGAGUAUAUCUCUCCGGAACGGCUCGAGGGUGUCUAUAUGUCGGAAAUGGGCUACUUGGCCCAGGGCUAUGUCCAUGGUGAUAGUGUCCAGACGUUCCUGGUGGCUAUCUUUGGAGUCCAGCCCGAUACCUUCGCUGUAUUUGCCAGCAAGGUGCUUGGCCGCACCAUUGAGGCUACAGACAUCGAGGGCAUCAAAUCGGUUCUUAACGACACCAAGAUCCGUAAAGCUGUAUUGAGAGACCUCAGUCGGAUUGCCAAGAAGCACAAGCUUGCAGGAUAUGAGAGAAUCAAGAACUGCGCACUGAUGAUUGACCCGUUCACCAUUGAGAACAACCUGCUUACGCCGACGCUGAAGCUGAAGCGUCCGCCCACCACAAAGAAGUAUCGUCAGGUCUUGGACGAUCUCUAUGCCGAGGCAUUGGCUGAAGAGUCUGCCCCCAAGGCUAAGCUAUGAGGGAUGGUGCUUUCUUCGCCCAUGUGCAUUUGUUUUACCACCGGCAGUGUGACAUCAUCUGUUGGGAACCCCUCCAGACUACAUUGUACAUAUAACCAACUGCCCUCUUGUUUCACGCAUAUGCUGUCCAUAUUGUUCUCAUUUUGAGGGGCAGGUCCUCGGGGUUGUCCAGGGCGAGAACAGAAGCCACACGCCCAGCCUCGGCCGUGGUUAGGAG